AUGCCAAUCUUCCAACCACCGGUCGAGCCCCUCCCUUCCGGGAUUGAUCUCUCCGGUCAAACUGCAAUUGUUACCGGUGCUAGUCGGGGAAUCGGCCUUGAGAUAUCCAAACAGUUGUUAGAUGCUGGUUUAUCUACGCUGAUUCUUGCUGUACGAAACACCGCUGGGGGCGAGACAGUCAAGAACCAGCUCCUUGCGGCCCACCCCAAAGCAAAGAUUGAUGUCGUCCGGUUGGAUACGGGUGAAUACCCGGAAGUACAGAAGUUCAUCGACCAGAUCCGUGCCGACUACACCGAGGUAAACAUACUCAUGCUCAACGCGGGCAUCGGCACCCUUCACAAAGAGGUGGCGAGUACGGGCCACGAGAGCAACUUUCAAGUCAACUUCUUCUCCAACGUGCUGCUCACUUUCGGUCUCUUCCCUUUGCUAGAGUCUUCCGCCGAUAAAUCAGGGAAACCAUCCCGGAUCACAUGGACGGGGAGCCGAACCUUCCUAAAUUCGUCCCUUGUGACCGGAAAAGCGCAGCUGAAGCCGACAGAGUCAUUAUCCAAGUACGUCGACAAGAACAGCCUGGGGCCGUACGAUCGGUAUGCGUAUAGCAAGCUCGCAGUCGUCAUGUUUCUGGAUGAGCUUGCGAAGCGUUCACCGCCCAACAAGGUGAUUGUCAACAACUUCUGCCCCGGAUCGAUACGUACCAACAUGAGCGAUGUUCUUCCAUUCCCCCUACGCGUCCUCAUGAAGGCCCAGCUCGCCAUUCGGGGCCGCCCGGUGGAGGUAUCAGGCUGGGUUGCCCUUCAUGCCGCCGUCGUUACGGGCAAGGAGACACACGGGAAGCUUCUCGGUGACAAAGAGAUAGUUGAGCCUGUUGCAUUCCUCAAGUCUCAAGAGGGGCUGCGGAUACAGAAGGGUGUCUGGGACGAAGCUCUUGCUGAGAUAGGACCCCUGACAACUCUUCCAAGCUGGGCGAAGGGGAAUUGA